AUGCCGUUCGGGGCGGUGCUGGCGCAGGUCGGGGGGCUGGGACGCUUCCAGGUGCUGCAGACGGUGCUGCUGGGGGUGCCCAUCCUGCUCAUGGCCAGCCACAACCUGCUGCAGAACUUCACCGCCGCCGUCCCCCCCCACCGCUGCCGCGUCCCCGGUGUCACCCCCGGUCCCGGCGCCGCCCCAAGUGUCCCCAGCGCCACCCCAGGGCCACCCGGAGCCACCCCUGAUGGCACUUCAGCGGCCUCUGAUGGCACUUUGAGGUCCUCCAACGCCACCCUGAGAGCUCCUGAUGGGGACUUGGGGUCCCCUGGUGCCACCCUGGGGUCCCCCGGUGGCACCCACAUCGCCGGUGCCACCCACAUCACACUCGAUGGCACACUGGGGUCCCCUGAUGGCACCCGUGUCCAGACUGAUGCCACCUCGGGGUCCUCCAACGGCACCCUGGGGCCUGCUGGUGCCACCCUGGGGUGGUCCAAUGGCACCCUGGGGUCCCCCGAUGCCACCCUGGGGUCCUGCCAGCGCUACGUGGCCUCGUCUCCCGCCAACGGCAGCACCGGUCCCCGGCCCACCGAGCCCUGCCACGAUGGUUGGGACUAUGACCGCAGCAUCUACGUGGCCACCAUCGUCACCGAGUGGGACCUCGUCUGCAGCCACCGGCAGCUGCGGCAGAUGGCCCAGUCCAUCUACAUGGCUGGGGUCCUGGUGGGCGCCCUGGUCCUGGGGGGCCUCUCAGACAGGUUUGGGCGCAAGGCCAUGUUGAUGUGGUCCUACCUGCAGCUGGGGGUGAUGGGGACGUGCACGGCCUUCGCCCCCAACUAUGCAUCCUACUGCGUCUUCCGCUUCGCCGGUGGCAUGGCCCUCUCCGGCUUCGGCCUCAGCAUCACCUGCCUGGUGGUGGAGUGGAUCCCCACACCCUACCGCGCCAUCACCGUGGCCAUCACCGGCUUCGCCUACACCCUGGGCCAGAUCCUGCUGGCUGGCGUGGCCUACGCUGUCCCCCACUGGCGCUGGCUCCAGCUUACCGUCUCCCUGCCCUUCUUCGUCUUCCUCCUCUACUCCUGGUGGUUGGCUGAGUCUGCCCGUUGGCUGGUGCUCUCGGGGAAAGCCGAGAGGGCCGUGAAGGUCCUGCAGCGAGUGGCCAGGAUUAACAAGAGAAAGGAGGAAGGGGAGAAGAUCACGGUGGAGAUCCUGAAGUCCAACAUGAAGGAGGAGUUGGCUGGUCUGAAGUCCUCCUACACCGUCUCUGACCUGGUCCGGACCCCAGUCAUCCGCCACAUCUUCUUCUGCCUCUCCAUCGUCUGGUUCUCCAUCAGUUUCUCCUACUACGGGCUGGCCAUGGAUCUGCAAAACUUCGGUGUCAGCAUUUACCUCAUCCAGGUGAUUUUUGGCGCCGUUGACUUCCCGGCCAAAGUGGUGGUGACCAUCUCCCUGAGCUACAUCGGCCGGCGGGUGUCACUCAUGGUGGCCCUCUUCUUGGCGGGGCUGGUCAUCAUUGCCAACAUCUUUGUCUCCACAGAGCUGCAGACGGUGCGCACGGCGCUGGCCGUCAUCGGCAAGGGUUGCCUCUCCGCCUCCUUCAACUGCGUCUUCCUCUACACCACCGAGCUCUACCCCACUCCCAUCAGGCAGACCGGGCUGGGCUUUGGCAGCACCAUGGCCCGAGUGGGUGGCAUCGUGGCGCCGCUGGUGAAGAUGAUGGAUGAGUACUACCCCUUCUUGCCCCCUGCGGUCUAUGGGGUGGCCCCCGUGGUGGCGGCCGUGGCGGCCGGCUUCCUCCCAGAGACCCUCAACAUGCCGCUGCCCGAUACCAUCGAGGAGGUGGAGAACAGGGCCAAACGGAAGAAAACAGAUGACCCCAAAGAGAAGAUCCCCCUCCAGCUCCAGGACAAGGCCCCACAGAAGGAGGCCUGA